CGGGGGGAAAAAAAGACUUGAGUGGGCCUGGCUGGAUGAUCUUUAUCUCUCUAUGAUCUUUCCACCUGUCGGCACCCGUUUCCGGUCCGCCCUAGUUCUCUCCAAAAGGAGGCCUCUGUUUAUUGACUCCCUCGUGACCGUGACGCGAGAAGGCCACUCCUGUGACGUCAGUGGGCCGAGGCGGAAGAAGAGUGUGGGAGAAAUAACAAGGCGCUGCAGGGGGGCUUUGAGGCUGCUGCGGGGUAAGUCAGAGGGGUGGCGAGGGGUAGCCUCUCUCGCGCCGGGUUAUCCUAGAAAGGAGCCGCUCUACAGUUCUUCUCCUUCCCUUGAGCGAAGUUGCAGGUUGACCCAUCUUCUGUCACAAUGGAUUUGCUAUUCGGACGGCGGAAGACUCCAGAGGAGAUGCUGCGGCAGAACCAGCGGGCGCUGAAUCGUGCCAUGAGAGAUCUGGACCGAGAGCGUCAGAAGUUGGAAACCCAGGAGAAAAAGAUCAUUGCUGAUAUCAAGAAGAUGGCCAAACAGGGGCAGAUGGAUGCAGUGAAGAUUAUGGCCAAAGAUCUGGUGCGGACAAGGCGCUACGUCAAGAAGUUCAUCAUGAUGCGGGCCAACAUCCAGGCAGUGUCCCUCAAGAUACAGACUCUCAAAUCGAACAAUUCUAUGGCUCAGGCAAUGAAGGGUGUCACCAAAGCUAUGGCUACCAUGAACAGACAGCUCAAGUUGCCCCAGAUCCAGAAGAUCAUGAUGGAGUUUGAGAAGCAGUCGGAAAUCAUGGACAUGAAGGAGGAGAUGAUGAAUGAUGCCAUUGAUGAUGCCAUGGGGGAUGAGGAAGAUGAGGAGGAAAGUGACGCUGUUGUCUCCCAGGUGCUGGAUGAACUAGGUUUGACACUGACAGAUGAGCUGUCGAACCUGCCCUCAACCGGCGGCUCUCUGAGUGUGGCCGGAGGCAAGAAGGCCGAGGCCUCAGCAGCGCUUGCCGACGCUGAUGCGGACCUGGAGGAACGACUCAAGAACCUGCGGCGGGACUAGUGGGCCCUGGAGCUGGUUGCCCCUCCCCGGAGUGGUGUGGCUCUGAAAAUACUCAAGUCACCAUUCCCUCGGCUGUGGCAGGGAGUAGAGCCUCGCAGGCUUGUGGGGGUGGUUACAGCAGCAUGAGGGGAGGCAAAGAGUUAGAUGGAGGCAAUGCCUGCACCCCGUAGUGCUUUUACUUUCCUCCCACUCUCUCUCUCUCUUUUUUUUAAUUAUAAAAAGGACUUCUAAUGCCAUUUGGCAACAUUGUGAGGGCAAAGGGGUUUUCUUCUCUUGUAGCUUGUCAGCACCUCCAUUCCAUAAGCCUGGGUGGUUUGGAGCCUGAAACAAGCUCUCUUCUGAUUGGAGGGGAUGGGGUGGGUGGUGGAGCCUCUUGUCAUCGCCAGCCAGCCCCUGCUGUUCUCCUGGUGGGUGGAAGGAGAAGCAACAGGCAGCACCUUGGCAGGUAACUUCCUGCCCCUGUAAAGGAGGCAAGAGGCUUGCCAGCACUUUUCUUGACGUAAAGCUUUAUAUACAACCCUGCCCCCUGGAGACAGGUGGGCCUUGCUGUUGUGUCCAUCUGUCUCUUGUAAUAAAGGUUGUAGAUUUGUAUUGAAA